AAAUUGGGCGUGCAAAAUUAUUCAGCCCCCUUAAGUUAAUACUUUGUAGCACCACCUUUUGCUGCGAUUACAGCUGUAAGUCGCUUGGGGUAUGUCUCUAUCAGUUUUGCACAUCGAGAGACUGAAAUUUUUUCCCAUUCCUCCUUGCAAAACAGCUCGAGCUCAGUGAGGUUGGAUGGAGAGCAUUUGUGAACAGCAGUUUUCAGUUCUUUCCACAGAUUCUCGAUUUGAUUCAGGUCUGGACUUUGACUUGGCCAUUCUAACACCUGGAUAUGUUUAUUUUUGAACCAUUCCAUUGUAGAUUUUGCUUUAUGUUUUGGAUCAUUGUCUUGUUGGAAGACAAAUCUCCGUCCCAGUCUCAGGUCGUUUGCAGACUCCAUCAGGUUCUUCAUUCUUCCAGAAUGGUCCUGUAUUUGGCUCCAUCCAUCUUCCCAUCAAUUUUAACCAUCUUACCUGUCCCUGCUGAAGAAAAGCAGGCCCAAACCAUGAUACUGCCACCACCAUGUUUGACAGUGGGGAUGGUGUGUUCAGGGUGAUGAGCUGUGUUGCUUUUACGCCAAACAUAAUGUUUUGAAUUGUUGCCAAAAAGUUCAAUUUUGGUUUCAUUUGACCUGAGCACCUUCUUCCACAUGUUUGGUGUGUCUCCCAGGUGGCUUGUGGCAAACUUUAAACAACACUUUUUAUGGAUAUCUUUAAGAAAUGGCUUUCUUCUUGCCACUCUUCCAUAAAGGCCAGAUUUGUGCAAUAUACGACUGAUUGUUGUCCUAUGGACAGAGUCUCCCACCUCAGCUGUAGAUCUCUGCAGUUCAUGCAGAGUGAUCAUGGGCCUCUUGGCUGCAUCUCUGAUCAGUCUUCUCCUUGUAUGAGCUGAAAGUUUAGAGGGACGACCAGGUCUUGGUAGAUUUGCAGUGGUCUGAUACUCCUUCCAUUUCAAUAUUAUCGCUUGUACACUGCUCCUUGGGAUGUUUAAAGCUUGGGAAAUGUUUUUGUAUCCAAAUCCAGCUUUAAACUUCUUCACAACAGUAUCUCGGACGUGCCUUGUUCUUCAUGAUGCUCUCUGCACUUUUAACGGACCUCUGAGACUAUCACAGUGCAGGUGCAUUUAUACGGAGACUUGAUUACACACAGGUGGAUUGUAUUUAUCAUCAUUAGUCAUUUAGGUCAACAUUGGAUCAUUCAGAGAUCCUCACUGAACUUCUGGAGAGAGUUUGCUGCACUGAAAGUAAAGGGGCUGAAUAAUUUUGCACGCCCAAUUUUUCAGUUUUUGAUUUGUUAAAAAAGUUUGAAAUAUCCAAUAAAUGUCGUUCUACUUCAUGAUUGUGUCCCACUUGUUGUUGAUUCUUCACAAAAAAAUAGAGUUUUAUAUCUUUAUGUUUGAAGCCUGAAAUGUGGCAAAAGGUCGCAAAGUUCAUGGGGGCCGAAUACUUUCGCAAGGCACUGUAUAUACUGUACUCUAUACCAUCUACUGCAUCUUGCCUAUGCCGUUCGGCCAUCGCUCAUCCAUAUAUUUAUACGUACAUAUUCUUAUUCAUUCCUUUACACUUGUGUGUGUAUAAGGUAGUUGUUGUGAAAUUGUUAGGUUACUUGUUAGAUAUUACUACACCGUCAGAACUAGAAGCACAAGCAUUUCGCUACACUCACAUUAACAUCUGCUAACCAUGUGUAUGUGUAUUGAUUUGAUUUUAAAUGCUUUUGGGAACGGGCAGAAAAAGUGCAGGUCAAUCCACAGAGGUAAAAAAGACGAUGUCGGAGUUUAAUUCAAUUAAGAGAAACUGUGAAAUGGAAAGUUCGAAAGAGAAGGGAGGGCCAGAACAGUAAUGUUUGGAAACAAUUUGGUGAAGUGGUAGAAGAGGAUGAUAGCUAUGCUGGCUAUGUUGUGUGAUGAUUGUGAGGCACUAUACAAAUUCUACAGUCACAAGAAGCGGACAUCAAAUAGGGAAGUUCAAGGGAAGUGUAACCUACUGAUCAGAUACUGGAAACUGAAAUCUGGACACUCACUGCAGGUUUAUAACUGCUCACAUAUCCUUAAUAUUUAUUAACUACUGUAGAAUGAAUCAUUUCUUGCAGUAGCCUAAAAUGAUACACCAAAUGUGGGCAACAUUUUGACAUGGAAGUAGGAGUGGAGAAAAUAUGAUUUUUUUUCUUUCAGCAGCUUGAGAGAAUCCGAACGCUCAGUUGGAUACAGUCUGUAGAAGUGCUGUCUUUAUCAGCAUCAUAAAAGAUGAUAGUAUUUCACCCACAGAAAAUAUGCAUCCAAGGCGAACUGAAAUCUUAUCAGAAACAUGUUGGGUUGUUUUUACAGCUUUUCAUUUACUUACAACCAGUCAAAACAAAAACUGAACAUAACUCAUGAGUGGUGGUGAAUUAGUUCCAGGAAAACAACCUUUCCCUCAACGUCAACAAUACAAAGGAGCUGAUCGUGGACUUCAGGAAACAGCAGAGGGAGCAUGCCCCUAUCCACAUUGACGGGACCGCAGUGGAGAAGGUGGAAAGCCUCUGCGUUCCUCUGCAUACGUAUCACUGACAAUAUGAAAUGGUCCACCCACACAGACAGGGUGGUGAAGAAGGCGCAACAGCGCCUCCUCAACCUCAGGAGGCUGAAGAAAUUCUGCUUGGCCCCUAAAACCCUCACAAACUAUUACAGAUGCACAAUUGAGAGCAUCCUGUCGGUCUGCCCAAUGCAUCACUGGGGGCACACUGCCUGCCCUCCAGGACACCUAACAGCACCCGAUGUCACAGGAAAGCCAAAAAGUUAAACAAGGACAUGAGCCAGUGCCUUUUUUAACUUCCUACAGCUCUCCGGGGGGCAUAAUAGACGACGUCCAUUUUGAAUGUGUCCAAUCAGAGACAUAUCCACUCCCCCGCCCCCAAAAUAAAGAAUAAUUGUCAAGCACUGACUUUGCUGCUAACUACUUUAUUGAAAGAACAUUGCUUGCUACAACUGUGAUGUGGUUGUCUUACCUCGUUAAGAUGAAUGAGCUAAUUGUAAGUCACUCUGGAUAAGAGCGUCUGCUAAAAGUGUAAAUGAUUGGCCUGUUCCUAGUCCCGUUUGCAAACUCCAGCGCUCCCCUUUCCUCCUCUCUCCCUUCGUCCAUAUCUCCCUCCCCUUCUCCGUCUCUCCAGCAGCAGUCUGUCAGUGUUUCGCAGGGCUCCUGACGUCACUCUCUGUUUGCAUAGCUAUUGUCUUACCCAUCGGGCUGCCUAAGCAUGGCUCCAGGGUUGCAGUAUCUGCUUUCAGCUUUUUUUCCCAGGGGCAGUCCAGAGAGAUAAAUUAACAGAGGAGGAGAGGACAAGGGAAGGAGAGGAAAGCAAGAGCUAACAUAGCUACAGCAGGCAGGCUGCUACUUCUGUCUGGAUUUUAAAAUACACCUUUACAGUGGUGGAGAAGAGUUUCUCUUCCCUCUCGUGAGGCCCCUGUUCGGCAGCUGAACCGUGUGUGUGUGUGUGUGUGUGUGUGUGUGUGUGUGUAUGUGGAGGAAGCCCGUUUAGCGGUAACGGGAGCGCCGACUGAGUGAGCAGAGCAUCUGGGCGUCUGAGAGCGAGGGCCGGCUGGCUGGCUGGCUGCACUGUGUGCUUUGAUGACCCCCUCUGUGUAGCUGCCUGCUCAAACCCCCCCCGCCCCCCCUCUCUCUGUCCCCCUUUUCCCCUCUCCUCUAUCUCCAUCGCAGCUCCCGGCCCAGCCAUGUUUGGCACAGAGUCCUCAUUAAGCAUGUUUCUGAACACCCUGACACCCAAAUUCUACGUGGCUCUGACAGGGACAUCCUCCUUGAUAUCAGGACUCAUACUGAUAUUUGAGUGGUGGUACUUCAGGAAGUACGGUACUUCCUUCAUCGAGCAGGUGUCAGUGAGCCACCUGCGCCCUCUGCUGGGCGGCGUGGACAACAGCUCCCCAACCAACUCCAACAGCAGUAACGGAGACGCAGACUCCAACCGACAGAGUGUGUCUGAAUGUAAAGUAUGGCGAAAUCCACUGAAUUUAUUUCGAGGGGCGGAAUAUAACCGGUAUACGUGGGUGACGGGCCGAGAGCCACUCACGUAUUACGAUAUGAAUCUCUCGGCACAAGACCACCAGACAUUUUUCACAUGCGACUCUGACCACCUCCGGCCAGCUGACGCCAUAAUGCAGAAAGCGUGGAGAGAGAGGAACCCACAGGCACGAAUCUCUGCUGCACACGAAUCCCUGGAACGAGAGGACUGUGCAACAGCGUCCAUCCUGCUGGCAGAGGAGGAGGCCACCACCAUCGUGGAGGCAGAGAAGCUCUUCAAACAGGCCUUGAAGACAGGAGAGGGCUGCUACAGACGCAGCCAACAGCUUCAACACCAUGGUGCACAGUACGAGGCACAGCACAGAAGGGACACCAAUGUUCUGGUUUACAUUAAGAGGAGACUUGCUAUGUGCUCUAGAAAGCUGGGCCGAACCAGAGAAGCUGUCAAAAUGUUGAGAGAUUUAAUGAAGGAGUUCCCUCUCCUCAGUAUGUUCAAUAUCCAUGAGAACCUGCUGGAGUCGCUGCUAGAGCUGCAGAACUACGCAGACGUACAGGCCGUACUAGCCAAGUACGACGAUAUUAGUUUACCCAAAUCAGCAACAAUAUGCUACACAGCAGCCUUGCUCAAAGCCAGGGCGGUAUCAGACAAGUUCUCUCCAGAGGCAGCGUCGAGGCGAGGGUUGAGUACAGCAGAGAUGAAUGCUGUAGAAGCCAUACACAGAGCUGUGGAGUUCAACCCACACGUUCCCAAAUACCUGUUAGAAAUGAAAAGUUUAAUACUGCCUCCAGAGCACAUUCUGAAGCGAGGGGACAGUGAGGCCAUAGCAUACGCCUUCUUUCACCUGCAGCACUGGAAGAGGGUGGAGGGGGCCCUUAACCUGCUCCACUGUACCUGGGAGGGCACUUUUAGAAUGAUCCCCUACCCUCUGGAGAAAGGACACCUCUUCUACCCAUAUCCCAUCUGCACCGAGACCGCAGACAGAGAGCUGCUACCAAUGUUUCAUGAGGUGUCGGUGUAUCCUAAGAAGGAGCUGCCGUUCUUCAUCCUUUUCACGGCUGGUCUCUGCUCCUUCACCGCCAUGCUGGCCCUGCUAACACACCAGUUCCCCGAGCUCAUGGGAGUCUUCGCUAAAGCGUUUCUUAGCACCCUGUUUGCUCCUCUGAACUUCAUCAUGGAGAAAGUGGAGAGCAUCUUGCCAUCCAGUCUGUGGCACCAACUCACACGCAUCUGACUGGACUAGACUGAACCAGACUGACUGACACACCCUUUGUGCCAAGAUCAUGGAUUAGAUGGACAGAGAGGAUGGAAGAGAAGAGAAAAGGGAAACAUUCUGAAUCGGUUUUGACUUUAUUUGAUAUGUUCAAUUUUGUUUUCAAAUCAUGUAAAAAAAAAAAUAUGUUUUUUUUGUUGUACAAAAAAAAGGUGCUCAAUUGCCAUCAUUAAAAAAGUGAAAAAAAUACCAAAAUAAAGGACUAUGUGUAUUGCUGCAACUUCUACUACACAAUUUUGAUUGUCAAGCAUAUAUCACAACUGUAAUAAAUAUUCCUGUGGGCCAUGGAACAUAAAUGGCGGUCAGGUGACUAAAGCAUGUCCUGGAACUGGCUGGUUGAGGACAGGGAUGUAUGGUCAGGUCUGCUAUCAACCAGUUUCCAUAAACUAUACACUCAACUUUCUUUUAAAUUACAUAAAGUUUGUAUUUACAUAUACAAAUUUGAAUACAUUUCAGAAAUGUUUUUUGGUUAUUGAGAGAGCAAAUAAAUAUAAUGGAAUGUGAGGGAAGAACAAAAUUAGAUUGUAAGGUGUUCUUGGUGCAAUAGCCUACAGGUGCAAGUCAGACUGAUUUGGCGUUAUGUCCAAAAUCCACCCUAUUCACUAGUUAGUGCACUACUCAAAAGUAGCGCACCAUAGGAAAUAGGUUGCCAUUUCAGACCAAAUC